CAAGCUUUCAAUGGAUCUUCGUCUUCUCUUUAUCGUUGCUUUUCUUUCUCUCGCCCUAGUAGUAAGUCAUGCAACUCAACCUUCUGUGGAUUAUUGGCAAUCAAAGCUGCCAAACACACCUAUGCCAAAAGCAAUCCGAGACCUAUUACCAUCUGAUUCUGGUUUGUUCUCAAAGCUUUGUCAAGAUAUUAGUCCUUUUGUUAGGUGUUUGACUAAUAUUCUUCUUGUUGUUGCUGAAUUAGCAGGUGUGACAGAAGAGAAGAGUACUUCAGUAAACGUAGGGAAUGGUGGUGUAAAUGUUAACACCGGUAAGGGCACAAGUGUCAAUGUUGGACGUAAAGGUGUAGGUGUGAGUACUGGUAGUGGAACAAAUGUUGGGGUUGGAAAGGGUGGAGUAUCGGUACACACAGGCACAAAGGGAAAGCCUGUGGUCGUCAACGUUAAUCCCAACUAUUUCAAAUACUUUUACGCUCCUUCUGAGGAUCAACUCCAAGAUAACCCAAACGUGGCUCUCUUCUUCCAAGAAAAAGACUUGCACCAAGGCACCACCAUGAACUUACACUUCAUUAAGACCACACAAGGAGCCACCUUCUUGUCACGCCAAGAGGCAAAUACUAUACCCUUUUCUUCUAACAAAUUCUCUGAUAUCUUACAACAAUUCUCAGUCAAACCAGGAUCUAAAGAAGCACAAACCAUGAAGAACACAAUCCAAGAUUGUGAGGAACCAACCAUACAAGGAGAAGACAAGUAUUGUGCAACUUCAUUGGAGUCUAUGGUUGAUUUCAGCACUUCAAAGCUUGGAACUAAUAAUGUUCAGGCCGUGUCGACUGAGGUCGAUAAGGAGGAAACUCAGAAGCAGCAAUACACCAUGACAAGAGAUGUGCAAAAGAUGCCAAGUAAUGAGGCUGUGGUGUGUCAUAGUGAGCCUUAUGUGUAUGCUGUUUUCUAUUGUCAUUCCACGGACAGCAUAAGGGCUUACAAGGUUCCAAUGGUUGGUGCUGAUGGAACAAAGGCUAAUGCUGUUGCUGUGUGUCACACCGACACUUCCAAAUGGAAUCCUAAGCACCUAGCCUUCCAAGUACUUAAGGUUAAGCCUGGUACUGUUCCUGUGUGUCACUUUCUUCCAGAAGAUCAUGUUGUUUGGGUUUCCAAGUAGAAGGGAACAGGGCAUAACACCAUAUAUAUAUUUCCUGCUUUGGUUUGGGUUUGA